AUGCCGAUCUACUCCCUGCCCUCCCUCCGCCAGCCAGAGUCGAUCAGCCCCCAGUUCUACUUCACCUCCCAGCCAUUCAUCGCCCGGGCCCAGGCAGACAUCGACAGCCUGCUCGCCGCCUGGCAGGACGCCGUCCGGGCACUGCCCACCCACCACCACCACCCGCUGCCCUACUACCACCCCCAGAGCCAGCCCAGCAGCGCCCAGAAGAAGCUCGGGCCGUUCCUCAAGUUCAAGGCGAUCUACGCCCGGCUCGGAUGGAUCUACAUCCACCUCGCCGUCGUCGACCCCGCCCUGCGCAGGCACUGCUUCAACACCCUCGCAAGGCUGCUCCUCGCUAGCCUCGCCCCGCAGACAGAGCCCCUCAGGCAGAUCGGAUCCCUCUUCGCCCUCUGGGCCCUCUGGGGCACCCAGCCCGACGCCGUCCUCGGCCCCAAGCUGUUCAUCAUCAUCGACCCCGGGACCAGCCACUACCUCGACCGCUUCCCCCCCGCCGUCGCCGAGCAGCUCGACAGAUACUUCAAAGACGCCUUCGACGAGGCCCUCCCCCAGGCCAAGCCCCAGCAGCAACACCAAUCCCUCUCCACCAAGCAUCGCGCCCAUCUCGACCCCAACAUCUUCGGCCCGCCCCCGCCGACGAUCAAGCCCUCAGACUCGGUCUUCCAGGUCCUCAAGAACCUGCGCGACCAGCACGCCUUCCUCAUCCAGCCCGCCGAGACCGCCCUGGUCUACCCCGCCCUGCCGACCAACCGGGUCGCCCUCGAGAACGCCGCCCCCGACGAGCCCUCCACCCUCCUCGACCCCCGCCCCGGCCGGGCCCCGCAGAAGAACUCAGACCCUGCCCAGACCGCCCAGCUCCUCGCCGCCACCCGCGCCGAACUCGCCCGCUGGGAGAAGGCCGGCCCGCUCUGCGACCCCGCCCAGCUCAACCAGCUCCGGAACUCCUAUCUCGCCACAAAGUCCUUCCUGCCUCACCACCACCACCACCAACAACAACAAUCCUCAUCAUCAUCAUCCCCCUCAUCUCCAGCCGCAGCCAAGCCAGACCCACUCGCCCGAGAGCUCUUCGCUCAAGCCAUCGGGAUGACCCGCAAAGUCAUCCAGAAAACAGGCCCAGGCCUCGACCACCUCUUGUUCCCAAACGACCCCCGAUCGGCCACCGCGCCUGCCGAGUCUUCCAGCUCUACAGAGGACAACGCCGGGAAGAAGGACGCACACAGCUCGCUGGACGCCUUCUUCUUGGUCGACCAGGCCCAAUCUAUCCCCCAACUCGAACAGCUCUUGAACACCCGCCCUUGA